CCAAAUAUUCACUAUUAUUAACCCGAUGAACUUUGUCACUUCAGAUGAAGACUUAUUACCCAAUAUUUUAUUGGACAGUCCCCACAUUGAAAAUGAUAUUCUGUUUAGUACAUCUUUAAUGAGCGAAGAUGAAUGGAAACACAUUAUAAGUAUGGUCUUAAAUUCGAUCGAGAAAGCUAUUAAUUUCUUGUGGAAACACAGAUAUAAAGUCAAUUUAGACGGCUACAUUGGACCUAGAAUGGUAGAAAGGGUCAUUCAGGCAUUAUUGAAGCUGUAUGAAGAGAAAAUACCAAACAGUGUUGUUGUACGAAUGCAAAUUAUUUUGAGAAAUAUACAAACGUUGUGUGACUUUGGUUUAAAUAAUGUGCCAAAAGAAACUCCAUUUUAUUUUUCAAGAGUAGGGUUUUUGCUGAAUCCACAGCUUUGGAACAGAUUUUAUCCAGUCACAUUACUAAAUUAUUCUUCGAUAUAUCAUUCAAAGAAUGAAGGAGGUUCAAUGACAGAAUAUGAUAGCGAUAACUGUCUCCGAGAGUUGCUUGAUAAAACAGAUGAUGGCUUGUGCGAAAUCUCAGAUAAAUGUUGGAAAUUAGUUACAGAUGAAAGUGAAACGGAUUAUGGCCUAACACACCAGCUUUUAUACAUCAUGAUUGGUUUACAAAGUAACUGUGGCGAAACGAUGAACUAUCUUUUGAAAUCAGACCGACCAUGGAUGAAUACUGAAACAUAUAUGCAGCAGUUAUGUACAAAUGUAGCCAUAGAAGCUCAGACUAUUGCAAAUAACAGCUUUCCAGUCGAAUCCAGAGAUCUUUUUAUGGAACAAGUUGGAUUCUGUGGUAUAGCUGGAUUUUGGCAAAUCUGUAGAAUGGAUUGGCUCAAUAAAAUUAUUGCAUGGCAAGAGGUCAAUGGCUGUUAUCAUAAGUUUAAUAAAGAAUUAAUAAAUCCAAGAAAUUUUGGUCCUAAUGAAUAUGGACACUACAAACGAAGGAAACGUUCUGAAGAAAUUCUAUCCAAUGGUAGUGAAGCUUGUUUAUCACACAGAACAAGUGUAGCAUUGACGGCAUUGGGAAGUUAUCUAAGAUAUUUGGUUGAAUUCUAUUAG